AUGACAUCCCCAGCAUCAACCUGGCCACAAUUUCGAAUCCUCCCCGCCACGGAAAAGGAUUGUCCUGGUUUGGCAACAGUUGAAGUCCUCUCAUUCAAUGAUGUAAAAAACGAACCACUAGAAAACGCUAUUGUGAGAAUAAUGCUGGGUCCACCAACAGAGCAAUGUAUCGAAUUCAGAACGAAGAGCUUUAUAGAUCGAUUUCAGACCCACCCAGCGACACGAUUUUGGAAAGCAGUUGUCGAUGAUGUAAAUGAGCAAAACUGUGAAAAGAUCGUCGCUUGUGGAUUGUGGAAGUUCUUUCUUAAACCCGAGAAAAUUCCAGACUGGAAGGAUAUUACUGAGUGGCCGCUUGAUGUGUCGCCGAAUGCUUGUAAUGAGUUUACUGGGGCGAUUACCGAGAUGAGGAGGAAGCAUAUGGAUGAGACGUGUUAUGGAUUUCUGGAGAUCCUUGGCACAUUGCCUGAGUAUCGUGGGUAUGGUAUUGCCUCGGCUCUGAUGAAGGUCGGUCUUGAUCAGGCCAAGAAGGAAGGAUUGAAUCAAUUUUGGAUAUAUGCAUCUAUUGAUGCUGAAGGUUUGUAUAGAAAAUAUGGGUUCAAAGAGAUUGAUGCUGUUAGACGGGAUAUUACGAAAUAUGGAGGUGUUGGAAAUUCGAAUAUCAUUGGUAUGUGGAUGGCUUUCGAUUCAUAA